AAUAAGAAAUAAGUUUUUUUAACAAACAAUUUUUCUUUUCCAGAUCUAUGAUGAUAUGUGGGAAGCAGAUCCAUCGGAAGUGGAGAUACCAGAAGAGAAGCCAAGCGUACAAGAAAGUAUCCAAGAAACCCUUCAGACCCUUGAUUUAUUCAUGAAUAAUAAAUUCCAAGAAGCGCUCGAUCUCAUGCAACCAUGGGCGCACUGCAGUUCAUACCAUGCUUUGGGAAAAGCUACUGUUCAUUUUAUUCAAACCAUUCUCUCAUUCGAUCCGGAAGACAUAAGCCGGACGAUGGAAAUCUUGAAAGAAAGUGUCACUGUUUGCAAUAGGCUAAGGAAAAGAGGGACGCUUCUGUAUAUAACAAGGCUAAUCAGAGGAACAGACUAUAACAUGUACACACAAGAGGAAGUUCAUGCAGAGUUGUGCUACGCAGAGUGCCUGCUCCUGACAGCGUUGUUAACAUUCAUUGCUGACAAUUCCUUCGUGAAUUUCAUUAAGGGUGGUCUUCGAAUUAGAGCCUGUUACAGAGCAUACAAAGAAGCAGCCCAUAUAUUAGAAAAUAGGCGUUGGGACGAUGAGGAAGAUAAACGACAUUAUGAAAGUGGAGUAAGGAUGGGGCUUGGAAUCUUUUAUUUGGUUGUUUCACAUUUGCCAACAAGAAUCAUCCGAGUUUUAGAAAUGAUCGGCUUCUGCGGUGAUAAGGAAAUGGGUUUGCAGUACAUGUAUGAUUCUGUUGCUCUAGAAGGAUCUUUAAGAGCACCACUCACAGCUCUCUUUCUUUUGUGCUAUAACACUAUUAUCACAUACCUAUUUGGUUUGGCGGAUGGAGACUUAGUGUCAUCCGAAUAUAUCGUGAAAAAUAUGCUCAAGCGUUACCCGAGGGGUGCUUUGUACUUAUUUUUACAUGGACGUCUUCUAGAAGUGAAAGGUGAACUUGAUCAGGCCAUCAAUCAGUUUUUGGAUUCUUUGACAAUACAAGACACAUGGCGACAGAUGCGAAAUUUGGGUUCAUGGGAAAUUAUGUGGUGCUACAGCUUUAAAUUCGAAUGGAAAAAUGCCCAGAAGUACGUGGAUUUCCUAAGGAAGGAAGGCCGAUGGUCUCCAUGUAUCUAUACCUAUACUUAUGCGUUAGUACUCUAUAUGCAAUACUUAGAAGGCGGACAGAAGGACAAAGACAUUCUCCUCGAAAUUCACGAUUUAAUGAAGAAAGUUCCCGGUUUGAAACAAAAACUUGCUGGAAAAUCGUUUCCUCUGGAAAAGUUUGUCGUAGCUAAAGCGAAGAAAUUUGUUGCCCAAAAUGACAGACUUCUUUUCCCGUUCUUUGAAAUGAUGUACGUGUUCAAUUUGUUUCCCAUGUUCAAGACCCACCAAGAAGUGAUGAAACGAAUUCUAGCUGCAGUUGAAAAUGACAUGCCCACAUUAGUUGAAGGAAGAGAACCAAGUACAGAAGAAGCAGAAGAUUAUUGUUUAGCCGUAAUAUUGAGGGCCAUGUGCUAUAAAACAUUAGGCGAUGCUGGAAAAUCUCAGAAAUAUCUGCAGGAAAUACUGAAAUAUGAAAAUCAUUUGUCUGAUGAUGUCUAUCUUGCCACUUACGCGAUGGCCGAAAUGGGUUAUAUGGCGAUGGAGAGAGGAGACUACGAAGAAGCUUUGCAGUGGUUAGACAAAUCAUGUCAUGCUCAUACUGACUACCACUUGGAAUCUUUUCUCCACUAUCGAAUCCAUGCUGCCAUUAGGCACAUACAGACGCUAAGUUCUCUCCUAGAGCAGGCGCAUAUCACAGACGAAAAGAACAAAGAGAAAGAACUAUAUACGUGUUCUAUGAGCCCAUCUUCUCAGAAUCCCAUCAACAUCUACGACUCCCCAGUGCCACCUUCGGUAACAACCUAGUGCAUUCAUUUGCUGGCUUAUUCUGGAGCAGUGAUUAAAAUUCUGAAAAAUUCAUAAAAAAUGUCACUUUAAUGUGGAAAACAGUAGUGAAUUAAACAUUCACGGUUUCAAAGUUACAGCUUUAUUUUGAUGCAGAACUGGAAAUAGACGGCAGCUGACGAACUUGUUAAAUACCUCUUAUGACUUGAUAUGACAAAGAACUUAAUUGUAUACGUGAGCUAAAAUAUAUGACUUGUAAUGUAAACGAAAAGACACUUUACCAUUAUAAAAUCAAGACAUAAUUCUGAAAUCAAAAGUAUGUGGCUAGCAAUCUAAUAGGAAGAACAUAUACAAUACAUAUUGGUCCUUUUUAUAUGCAUAUAUAAAGAAAAUUUUAGAAAUUUUAGUUUAAGAUAAAAUCUUAUUAAUAUCGCGCAGCAGUACGUUGCGGAAUUAAUUAAUUAAUCAAGAAAUAAUAAUUCGAGCAAAAAUUCGAGCAAGAAAAGGGGUAACAGUCUAACAUAUUCCAAAAUUAAAACAAAAACAAUUCAAUAAAAAUAAGAUAAAUGUAAUACAGCAUAAUAAAAAUUAAUAUAUAAAUUAUUAAUAUAAAAUGUUUGCACAUUUUUUUGGUCUUAUUCAGGAAACGGAAAAGAACUUUCAGCAGACUACAUUACUGAAUUACAUCUAGAUGACUGUGUGAAUUCUUAAACAAAUUUCAAAAUAAAAAAUUAAAAGAAGGACCAAAUAAAAAUGAGUUUAAUUAAAUUCCUUUAAAAGUGCAAUAACUAAAUAUUUUUUAAUUUUAAUUAAUUAUUAAGAUAAAAUUUCAUCCGAUGUAAUCCUAAAACAAAAAUUACUGUAAAAAUAAUUAAGAGUUUUCUUGAGUAAAAAACAAGACCAACCAUUGGGUAAAUUAAAAGCAAUAUGAUAAAAUAAAUAUGAAAUAAAUUUAGAGGUAACGGAAAAGCAGAAUUUGCUUAGUUGCUGAAAUACUUUGCAUACCAAUAUAUAUAUAUAUAUAUAUAUAUAUUUUGGUAAGAACAAAACAGAGAAAUCACUGUUCACACAAACAUCAUUUUCAUAAAAGUUUGAUGCUAUUAGGAAUUCAUUUUCACGCAAGUAACCUCACAAAGAAUGCUAAAACGAGGAGGCUAGUAUGGGAAAUCGCAAUAAUAUGAACAGGGCCACUCCAAAACACUUAACUGAGAUAUUAAUUCCACUUAAUUUCUUACCAGCACUUUCAAAAUGCUACUAUAUUAACUUACACUUUUCAAGUUUCAUUACUAUUUUUUCGACACGCUUAACUCCACCCAUUGCUGUCCAUAUAAAAUGGUCAUCGUUCCUCCCAAACUAGCAAAAUGUUUUUGCUUUUGAAGAAGAGGAACCCAUAUCUGAUCACCCUUUCAAAAUAAAGCAAUUUUAUUCAAAAUAUACAGUAACCUAAGCCUACUUUUUUUACUAUUCUGAACAAACGGGCUUAUGUUCAAAGAAAUAUUUUUCGAACUGUAAAUACCUCGAAAAUGAUUUUAAUGUCCUGGAUGCGUCGCCACAGCCACUCUUUCAGCUUUGCGAUUUAACUUUUCCUCGUCUCCCUCACUUCUUUAACACGCGGUAGGAAAACCGAGUGGAAGGAAGAAUGCAAUGGGAUUAGUGAUUUUCCUUUCUUUCAGCUUUAUAGUCUGUUACUUUAACAUAGACACUUCAAGGCCUUUUCACUCACCCUUAUUUUCCAUCGUAAAGGGUGCUAUUUUUACGACACAGCACUUAUUUUUUCCCACCUCAUUUUAGAGUACUUUAAAUCAGCCUUCAUUUGUGCGCAUUUCGGUAACCAAAAUAUACUAAACGGAAAUGCAGCGGAAAAAAUUCGACCAUCUGCUGCAGCUGUCGUUACUAUGGUUACACAAAGUAAGCGGCAUCGGAGAAAAUGACUGGAAAUGCUUAUUCUGAAGUAGCAGACUACAGUAAAGUAAUGAUGUUUUUAAUUUCUUGUCAACCCGACUUUUUGAUCACCCUGAGUAAUUUUUUAUUUGAUAUACUAUAUUCGCUCACGUUGGAAAAAGUAACAUAUUCGAAAAAUAGUGCUGCAUGGAACAGAAUAACUGCUGACCUACUGUUGUGUGGUGAGAGUUUGAUUUUUGCCAUACAUUUAUAAAUUCGUACAUUUAUAAAAAUGUGUGUAACAAGUUUUCUAUAUAUAUAAAUAAUUGUUUUAUUGUUGUUUUUAUGUAGUAAUAUAUACUGAAAGUAUUAUAUUCGGAUUUAUUAGUUUAUAUGUUCUGUAAAAUUUCUUCUAUUAAUAUGUAUAUUUUUGAAAGACUAUUUUUUGAUAGCGUUCCUUUAUGAUAUAUAUAAAAUAUCAAUUGUAUUUUUAUGAAAUAAAAUGUUUUGUUUUGUUUAAAA